AUUUUAUAUAUAUAUUAAUUUAUGUUUGUCUAAUUAUAUAUCUUCCAAAUGCUCCAAAAGUCAAAGUGACAUUGUCACAUUUUUCAUAAAUUCAUGUUAGAUCAUUGAAAAGUUAUGUUAGUAUGUGGGGAACAAUAGGUAUUUUUGCAAGAAGAAAUUUGAAAAUUAUCUUUGCUAACAAAAAACUUAAUAUUUCUUCUCUCAAUAACCUUGUUAUAGAAAGAUAUAAUUCUACAAAUAAAAGUGUUCCAAAUACUGCUGUUAAUAAAUCUUGCAAAGGAAAAGAUUCUCUUAGAAAGGAAAUAGUGGACUAUGGCAGAAUAACAAGAAAAGUUAAGUUUGCAUUUGGUUUACUGGGUUUGUCUAUCAUAGUAGCAGGCACCUAUGUAUUCAUAGAACUUCAAAAACCAGAUGAAAAUGGAUUAGAAAUUCCAGCUUGGAAGCAGUAUUUGAAAAACUUAUUUAAACAAAUCGAGAAUUUUACGUUAUUUUUUCAAGAACCUUCUAGAGACAAACUGUUACCAGAUGUUCUAAGCUAUCCUUAUUAUCAACCUCCUUAUACAUUAAUUCUGGGACUCACAGAUGUAUUAGCACAUGCCGACUGGACAUAUAAAACAGGUUGGAGAUUUAAGAAACGUCCAGGUUUAGAUUACAUGCUAGAAAACCUUGUAGGUUUAUAUGAAAUAGUUAUAUUCACAUCAGAAUCAGGUAUGACCAUUUUCCCUGUAAUUGAAGCCCUUGAUCCUAAAGGUUUAAUUUCGUAUAAACUUGUUAGAGAUUCCACUCACUUUGUUGAUGGUCAUCAUGUUAAAAAUCUUGAUAAACUCAAUAGAGACUUGAAAAAGGUUAUCGUUGUUGAUUGGAAUAGUGAAUCUAUUAAAUUUCAUCCUGACAACCAUUUAAACGUUACCAGAUGGGAAGGAAAUGAUGAUGAUACUGCUCUUGUAGAUCUGACAUCAUUUUUAAUGACUGUAGCACAUACCGAAAUCGACGACGUUAGGGAAGUCUUAAGAUUUUAUAAACAGUAUGAUGAUCCAUUAACAGAGUUUCGUAGGAAACAAAUGCAAUAUUAUGAAGAAAAUAACAAACAAAAGCAAGAGCAACCCAAACUACCUAGAAGUCUUCCAAAUUCUAAGAAAGUCUUUGAUUAUUUCACAUGAACAAAUUGUUAUUUUAAAUUACUAAUUUUAUAAAAUAUUACCUUAAUUAAUUUGUCAGUGUUGUAUUAUAUAAAACUGUGUAAAAAUUUUUGUUUACAAUAAAGUUGAAAGUUCACAAAAAA